GUACAUUAAUUACCGAUACGACUCAUAAGUAUUUUUUAAUUAAAAUGUAAAUAUCAUGGACCCAGCUGCUAUUAAUAUAUUAAUAGGUACUAUUAAUAAAUACUGUGUACACAGUUAUGUUCAUUUGUCAUUCUCGUGGCUGAUGAUAGUUAGAUCAGAAUCUGAAUUUCUGUUUUUAGUAUUUGAGGUAAAUGCUGUAAUGCUCCCUGGGAUGUUAUUCAUGCAAAUACUGUGGUAUUAAAUAACACAAUCUAUUUUAAAAUACGGUUUUAACAAUUUUAAAAAUAGUUAUUAAAACACUUCACAUAUGAAAUAAAUUUAGACACUGGCCUUUAGGUCUGGCAAAAAAUUCUGGAAGCUCAGUUUUGCAGUUACCUGAAUGUCAUGACAUUUCACUAGAUGCUGGUUAUCUCAGUGUGUCAGCUGUUUUUCGUUUGUUGCUUUCAUUUGUUUAUAAUUUGUCUAUUUGUAUGUAUCGGUCCUCAGGAGUGAUGGCCAGAGUUACAACUGACACAGCUUGUGUGACUCAAGGUCUAAUUAGUGUCAUUUUUAACAAUUAGACCAGAUUUAAUCUUGAGGAGUCUCUUAAGGGUUUUCCCUGUUUACUUUUCCCUACAUCAUCUCUCUCUCUACCCCUUUUUCAAAACACUGCCUGUCAUAGAGUAUGUUCUUUACUCUGAGUUUUCCCUGGAAGAGGAACUUUUCAUUUAUUGCUGUUGCCAAGGAAACAGCAGGUGUGUGAAUGAAAAGCGGUGUCUCCGUCAUUCACGAUCUGACCAAUGAGAACCCACCUCCCAGGCUUCAGUCAGGUAGGUCUAAGAAAUCCUUUUGUUUCUUUAGAUAUCAGAAUUAAGAGUGACAUCAUACCUGCCUCAGUGCUGUUUUGAAUUUGAAUUAUAUGUAUAAUGUCAUAGUGAAAUUUAUAUGUGGAUAUUUAUCAAUCGUGUUCAAUUAAUGUGUUUGUAAAGUAGAUAUUAUCGAUGAGUGAUGUUUCUGAAGUAUAAAGUAAGUAAACGUAUUUUAAAUGAAUUUACAUUGUAACUCAUUAAAGAUUUUAUUGCGGAUUUUACUGGGUAGCAGUGUUUAUGAAAUAAGACAAUGAGAUGACAUACUUGAAGGACAGUUUAUUUAUAUUGGAUGAAUGUGAGGGAGUGGAUGGAUGUAGUGCUGUAUUUCUUGACCUUGUUAGCCCAUUGGUCUGGGGGUAAUCCUCUGCCAUAAACAGAAAGAUGGGGAUUUGAAGUGCUCUGGCAGAAUGCAAUAAAUACCAUCCCUACAUUUCAGCUCUCGGCCGCUUUUCUCUCCAUCGCUGCCACACGCUUUUCCUGCUCUGCUCUUCUCCUCACAGCUUGUGAAGCAUACAGGCUACCAAAAUGACAGAAAAAAAAAUGUCAGCAAGCCGUAAGCACACCAUAAAGAGCAUGAUGCUUCAGCUUGCUAAGACUUUACUCGACCAAGAAGCGACUGAAAAGGCAGAAGAGAGAAAGAGGUACUUGGAGGAGAAAUGUCCUCCCUUGCACCUUCCUAAUUCUCUGCAAGGGUUACAGGAACUAUGCAUGGAAUUUAACGAGAAAAUCGAUGUGAUUGAAGAAGAACGAUACGACUUAGAGAGAAAAGUAGCACUGGUCUGCACGGAGGUGGCUGACAUGAAAAUUAAAAUCAUUGACCUGAAGGGUAAGUUCAAGAUACCAGCUCUGAAGAAGGUGCGAAUGUCUGCCGAUGCCAUGCUCCAGGCCCUGCUGGGCUCCAAGCACAAGGUGACCUUAGAUCUGAGAUCCAACCUGAAGCAAGUGAAGAAGGAGGCCAAGGAAGACAAUAAGGACCUGCGUGAUGUGGGUGAUUGGCGCAAGAACAUUGAGGACAAGGCCGGAAUGGGCGGCAGGAAGAAGAUGUUUGAGGCUGAGUCAUAAAACUGGUCACCCUGGCUAAAUCACCUGGAAGGACUGGGAUUAUUCUCCAUGCUGUCAGGCAGAAACUGCUCCUCUUUUUGCUUCAUAGUCUGCAUUGCUAUUCAACUUGCUUUAUUGACCUAAUUAUUAUUGUCAGUAAUCUUUAGCAUGGCACGCCAACUCACUGUAACAUCUAUGAUCUAUGUACGUUAUGCCAAACUGCAGAAUUUACAACUAUUAAGUAAAAGUGUUCUUUCUUUAUAAACUUAUUAUACACACACAGAUGAGAAAUAAAUGAUUUGAGGAAAAAACUCAUUUCAAGCUUUUCUGACUGUUAUGCUCCACACAAACAGUGUCAAUUUAAGUGGCCAUAAUUCAUUGGUUCAACAAAAGAAAUGCCUAUGCUGUAUGCAAUAUGAAUGAAUUAAAAUGUGCACAUUCAUUGUUGUUAUAAAUUAAAGUUGAGGUGCUUGUGUGCUGGGAAAGGCCUGGCAUUUCAACUUAAUCAUCUCUCAAGUGUUAAACUAAUUAUUAUCACUUACAACAAUAAUAGUAGCAAUAAUAUUAGGUAUUAGGUGUAGGCAUCAUUUUGAAGCUCAACUUUAGAAAGGAAAUUACAUUCAGAAUUUUUGGAUUUCAUGGAAAUAUCCAUCUGAAAUGUUACAUUAUAUUAUUUCCUAAACUACUGAAUAUAGUGUAAUGCAAAUAUUUCAUUGAUUUUUUCUUGUGAAACUGACUUUCCGGCUGAGAAUUUUUAACGGAUCUAAAUGUUUUUAGUAUUAUUAUUUUCCCAAAGCACAAGCAGCCUAAAAGAAGUGCAGAACAAGUGAAAAAAGACAGAGGUGAGUGACCUUCAAAACAAGUCGGCUUUUACAGUCAGCAGUGUUAAUGUCAUUCUUUGCCUCUUGAGAAUAACUACAUUGUUUUAUUAGCAACUUCUAUGUUUAUAACAUAAAAAAAAUCUUUAUUUAUAUAUUAUUUAUUUAUUUUUAUAUAUUAUGCAGCUAUACUAUACAUGUUGUCUUUUUUUUUUUUUAAUCUUAAUCUUGUAUUGCCAGUAAAGUGCAGUAGGGGGCAGUGCUACUACAAUUUGGAAUUAAACAUAUCAGAUAUUUUUUCCAAAUGUGUUUUAUUGCUACUUUGUAUGUAUGCAAGCUCAACAGGAAAAUAUGUCCAGCACGAACUUACGAAAUUUUCCAGAUUGUUGAAGCAGUUGUGUUUUUCCAUGGUGUUUGAUGCUAUAGCAAAUUUGUGAAAGGUGAUUUAACUGCAUUUUUACGAAUGUACCUUUAAGACAGUAUAUUAGCUGUAAUUUGUUGUAAUUAUGUUUAUGCAAUGUCUACAGUGGUUGCCACUUGGGGAGUGGUACUAUACAGAAGUAGAAACAGAUAUUGUUCAUUUUUCUUUUUUUAAAUGCGCUGAUGAUGUCUGACUGGCAAGCUGCUUUGCAGUGUUCGCUGCUGUCUUGACACCAGUGGAAUGUCACUGGAUCUCCCUGCAGAAGUAUCUAGGACUCAUCACCAGGCAGAAAUCCAGCCAACCAAAGUGACCUCCACCCUUUAAAUGCGUCUUAUAUUACACUCAGACCUUAAGCUGAUGCUUAUCAUGGAUACUCAAUGCAAGGAAUACUAUCUUUAUUAAUUUAAGAAUUGAUUUACAAGUGAUGUUUGAAAUACACUUGACUGUGAUUCAUGAUUAAAUGUUUUCCAUAAUGACUAAGAAUAACUGACCUUCCUCAUCUAAUGUAGCUCUUUAAUUAAACAUUUUAUGUAUAAAUAAAUAUAGAUAAAUACAUAUAUGUUAGACUCCAACUAAGUAAUUUUGGUUUCAGAGCUAUAUUAUAAUAUUAUUUUAUUACCCAGUUUAAAUUUGAAUUUUUCUGGUAGCAGCUGUUUAAUUCUUUACCCAGAGUGUGGAGCUAAAAAGCAGAUAUCAUAUUUGAGUCAGAUCUGACAGUUUUCACCUUUUGGGACCCAUUUUUGUAGAGAUGAAUCGGUAAAUUGUAUAGGACUGUCCUCCUAGACUUUACAACUGAAGGUUCAUUUAUACACCAAAUAAUUCAAAGACACCUUUCAUUUUCAUUAUAGUGUUUUGAUAGCAUUUAGCUCUAUCCAGAUUAAUGUCAAACUUUUAUAUUAAUGACUGACAAAUGUUUCUUGUUGUGCUUAAAGUCUUUUCAUCUGAGGUCAAAAUUUAUCAUGUUAGAAAUCUUUCUGCUUCAGAUAUAAUGUUUGUUCCAGGGAAGAUACAGCUUAUUAUCAUCAUCCAUGUAUGCUUUUAUUCACUAGUAAUAUACAGUUCUCUUUGGUUUCAUUAUUUAACAAGAAAAAUAUGUUAUUGAGCUGUAAGCAUCACUUGACACUAGCAUGUUUCCGACACUUAAAAGGUUGCAUUUUUCAGUCAAGGGACAUGAGAGGAUACAUAUAAAAAUAUGAAAAUAUAGACUUUGUUAAAGAUUAUGAAAAACUGCUUACCGAUUUCAAUUUCAUGAUUCAGAAUAGCUGUUGGUACAUCUAGAUGUACCUUUCUCUCCUGUAACAACUUCCUGUUCUACAACAACUUCCUGUCCGGCAGGACCUGAUGCCCCCCUCCCUUUGCUGACGGCGGAGAGAGCCAAUCUGAAGUGUACUGGAUGAAGUUUAUGGAAGAAAACUGCCCCCACUGUCCCUACCAGGACCUAUGGAAUAACUGCAGAUACGUUGGGCAUAUAUACCCCGCGAUAGUGGCAGGAUCCUGUGGCUGGCUGGUCUCCCUCGCCCAUACAGCAGGUCCGUCCUUCUUCUCUUCGCAUAGGGUGUGACCAAACAAGCAGCCAAGAUGUCUGAG